CUUGUCUUGGCAUCAGUACGUCGCGUCCCUGCACUUGAGCGCGUCUCAAUGAGGCAAGCGCAAAGAACCGUGCUGGUCAAAGUCAAACGGCCUGGACCAUGGCGUUUCUCAGCAACUAUCUGAUAUUGAGACUCAGGUGACACGAAUGGCGCGUAGGAAGGCUGCGGCGGAGGCGCCAGUACCGCGUGCCUCUCGAAAGCGGGAAUUCCCCGUCGACCCAUACGAGGUGCCCGACGAAAACGAGACCCCGAAACGGCGACGACGCUUAGAAGCCACAAGCACAGUUGAUGAAGGGACAAAUGGAGAGGAUGUUGCAGAUAACGACGAUGACGACGCUAUCCCCGAACCAAGUCCCGCCAAAAGGCGAGGGCGCCCGCCCAAUCCCGCGGCCGCGGGAACCCUAAACGGUCAGGCAACGACGCCUUCGACCAAGAGGCAAAGACCGGUCAACGAGACCCCGGUAAAGCUCAAUGGCAUGGACACACCAAGCAGACGGAAUAUUGCCGACAGGUCGGCCAGGAAAAAGAGCGCCAGAGCGCUUAUCGACCGCGUGAUAGGGGGAACGGUUAGUGAUGACGAGGUCGAGGAGGGCGAUAUUGCGCGCGAGAUCUACGAGUCUAGCGAGGAUGAAGAGGAGAAAGCAGAUGAGCGAGGAGGCGUGGAGGGAGAUCAGGAGCCCACAACGCCAUCGAAAUCUCCAGGGCGGAAACGCGGGGUGGCAGCCCGGAAGCGAUCGCCAACACCGCCUCGGGAUCUUCCCCCACAUGAGCAGUACUUCUACCAGAACAAACCCGGCCUGGCCAAGACAUCUAACAACAACCUGUCGUCCCUGAACCUCCUCACACACGACGAGUACUUCUCCGUCCUCCGCCAACUCGAAAACCCCCACGCCUCCGACGUUGACUUUCUGCAGUCCCUCCACGCCGAGUCCUUCCCGCAAUGGGCCUUCGAGCUCUCCCAUGGCUUCACAACUUGCCUCUACGGCUACGGAUCCAAGCGCCGACUAUUGCACAGCUUCGCCACUUAUCUCUACUCCCAGAAUCCCGCCCACAAAAUCGUUAUCAUCAACGGCUACGUCCGUACCCUAACAACCCGCGACAUUCUCUCCACACUAAGCGCCGCUCUCCCGUCCCUUUCCUCUCCCGGCACUGGCGGCGGCGGCAGCAGCAGCAACAGCGUCGGCAUCAACCAUUCCAACACCCUACAAGCCCUCGUCUCCUCACUCUCCACCAGCACCCCGCCAACAACCCUGACCGUGCUGAUCAAUUCCCUCGACGCGCCGCCCCUCCGCAAACCAGCCACGCAAACCCUCCUCUCGCAGCUCGCCUCCCACCCGCAGAUCCGCCUCGCCGCGACAGCUGACACGCCCGACUUCGCGCUGCUCUGGGACGCCGGCCUGCGCGCGGCCUUCAACUUCCUCUUCCACGACUGCACCACCUUCGCGCCCUUCGCCCCCUGCGAGCUGGAGGUCGUGGACGAGGUGCACGAGCUCCUGGGCCGCAAGACGCGCCGCGUCGGCGGGAAGGAAGGCGUUGCUUUCGUGCUGCGGAGUCUUCCCGAGAAUGCGCGCGCCCUGUUCAGGUUGUUGGUCGGCGAGGUCUUGGCUGCCAUGGAGGAAGGCCAGCAUGCCGGGGAGGAGGUGGCGGUCGAGUAUAGGAUGGUGUAUAACAAGGCCGUGGAGGAGUUCAUCUGCAGUUCCGAGAUCGCGUUUCGGACGCUGUUGAAGGAGUGAGUCCUUUUUUAGUCCCCUCCUCCCCAUCCCUUUCUCUCCCUUUCUCGAGAAGGGUGGGGAGGAGGGGAGAUUCUGAUAUGUGAGGACGAUUGGAUGCUGACUAUGGUUGUCUCCCCAUAGAUUCCACGACCACCAGAUCAUCACCAGCCAUAAGGACUCCCUUGGCACCGAGCUGCUGAGCCUCCCCUUUAGGAAAGAGGAGC